GGGCAAAGUUGGCGUCACCUUUAACAUUGGGUUAAUGGACAUCUCCAUUCGGGAAGACAGUACCCCAGUUAAUGAUGGUAAAUACCACGUGGUGAAGUACACCCGAAAUGGUGGAAAUGCAACUCUACAAGUGGACAACUGGCCAGUCAACGAGUACUACCCAGGAGGGAAUACAGAGCUACACCAAAAACCGAAACUGUCCUAUAAACUACCCCGGAACCCAGAAGACGGCCAGCAAGACAAAGGGCUCAGUAUUUCAGGAAUGGAAGAUGGCACGAGACUUCUGAAUCCUGAGUUCAAGAGAUUGGGAACUGGCGUUGCAAAAGGGCGACCGUUGACAAUCUUCAAUACUCAAGCACAGAUAGCCGUUGGUGGAAAGGACAGGGGGAGGCCAUUCCAAGGGCAGCUCUCUGGUAUCUACUACAAUGGUCUAAAGGUCCUGAACAUGGCAGCAGAGCACAACCCUCACAUCAACAUCAGUGGAAGCGUGAGGCUGGUGGGAGAGGUUCCGUCUAUCCUUGGGACAACACCAACCACUUCUAUGCCUGCCGAAUUGUCCACGACCAUUAUGGAGACCACCACAACCUUGGCGACAACGACGACGAGGAAGAACCGGUCUUCUCCAGGAUCCAUGCCCACGGAUGAUAUUGUAUCAUCAGCAGAAUGUUCUAUCAGCAGUGAUGACGAAGACGCGGCAGAAUGUGAAACUGGCACAGGUACGUCAGGAGGUGAAUUAGUAAUACCCAUCCUAGUAGAGGAUCCCUUAGAUACCCCUUCAGUAGCUACACGUACACCCUCCAUCACUCUCUCCCCUACCUUCCAACCACUCCUCACCAUAAUUGAGACCACCAAAGAUUCCCAGUCUGUGACACCUGAGGCGGGGUUACCUUGCUUGUCGGACCAAGGCAGCGAUGGUUGUGAUGAUGAUGGCUUGGUGAUAUCUGGGUAUGGCUCAGGGGAAACCUUUGACUCUAACCUGCCCCCUACCGAUGACGAAGAUUUUUACACCACCCUCUCCUUGGUAACAGAUAAGAGCCUUUCCACAUCAUUCUUCGAUGGUGGCUUCAAAUCACAGGCACCCAAAUGGGGAUCAAAGGACUUUAGACCUAACAAAGUCUCCGAACCUGGUAGGACUUAUACCACAAGUUUGCCCCCUGAGCUGAUACGCUCCACGUCUUCAUCUGGGAUGGUGCCCAUGGUGCCAGCUGGGAAAAUGAAUAACCAUGAGCUCAAGCCCCAGCCCGAUAUAGUGUUGCUACCGUUUCCCACUGCCUACGAGCUAGACAGCACAAAGCUCAGGAGUCCGCUAAUAACAUCCCCCAUGUUCCGUAAUGUGCCCACAGCAAACCCCACGAUGCCGGGAAGCAGACGGGUCCCGGGGGCUUCUGAGGUGGUCCGGGAGUCCAGCAGCACGACGGGAAUGGUCGUCGGCAUUGUGGCAGCCGCUGCUCUCUGCAUCCUGAUCCUCCUGUAUGCCAUGUACAAGUACAGAAACAGGGACGAGGGGUCCUACCAGGUGGACGAGACAAGGAACUACAUCAGCAACUCCGCACAGAGCAAUGGUGCCCUAAUGAAAGAGAAGCAGCACAGCUCUAAAGGUGGCCACAAGAAGCAGAAAAAUAAGGACAAGGAGUAUUACGUGUAAAAUAAGAUUUAAUAUUAAUAUAUGUUAUCAAAGCAAACACAGAUGUGAACUAACUCAACCGGCAAAGGCAAAAUGUACAUUGCUGUUGAUGUAUAGAAGUAUAAAUAUAUCAGUGAACAGUAAAAAGCAAUGUUUAGUGACCGGAAUGGAGUGUCAGCUGCCUUGUGCCAGAGGCAGGUGAUGACCGAGAGCUGUUGCUGCUCUACCCAGGCUGGAUACAGCUAACUGUAAUAUAAAGCACACUUACUAUUCUGUCUGCCGCAAAAAGACAAAAACCUAUAUACACAAACAAGAACGUGAACUCCAGCUGACCAGUUCUACGGCUCUCUCCUCAAUCUGUGUGGAUCCAAUUCAGAGGAGCCCCUGGGAUCUUUCACAGCCAACAGUCUCGAGAGAGCCUUAAAAUAUCAAAGCAAAGGGGAAAAAAAAAAAUACAAAAAACAACAAAAAAGUCAAAGACUCUGAAAAUGUAUUUAUUUAUCCAUUUUUAUGUUUCUGAUUUUGGGAGGUUUAAUAUUUUUUUUUUUUUUUACAUUUUUUUUCUAAUUUCUCCCAUCUUUGUUUAUAAUGAAAAUACACAACAUGGCCGACUGUGGCCAUGUACAGCCAAGGAACUGUAAACCCCAUGUAUAAUAGCAGAUGUGUGUGAGUGUGCUGAAUGUUUGUGGAUGGAGAUUGUUGCCAUAUAAAGAAAUCAUGGUGUGUUCUCUUUUCAUAUCAGGUUGUGGUGUCUUAUAGAACAUAUUGUUUGCAGUAUGUUUAAAUAAAAUAUAAAAGAAAAAAAAAAAAACUAUAUUGGAAAGAGGAUUGGCGAUGGCCCGGGUCUGUAUAGCCAGAAUCGGCCUGCGCCUGUAAACGCGCAGAACUGUCACAUGGCCAAAUAAUGCCGGUGUGAAAGGGGAAGAAAUCCGUUGUGUCCUUUUUUUUGUCAAAUGUCAGCAAUUGAAAAAUGAGCCGGAAAUAGAAGAAAAAUAAUAUUUAUUAAAGUAUCCAGAAAAAGAGACUUUCUUUGCAUUUCCGGUUUUGUGACUUCCUGCGAUGCAUGCAAAAAACAAACAUGAAAGCAACAAUUAAGGAAGUGGCGUGGACAGCGCCCGUCAGAUGGGACGACACCAUGACAAAAGCCAAAUUGUCUUUGCGGUUGUAGUGUUUCCCUGUGUAAGACGGGAUCUGAAUUUGGGCCUUGUCCAGUCUACUUUUGAGGACUUCAGACAAAUGAAAUUACAUUUAAAAAAAAAAAAAAGCUUUCACAGAUGAAUUUAACAGAGAAAAUGAAUUUUAUUACGAGUAGAAUCUAUAUAUACAUAUAUAAAUAUGCAGAGAUAUUUAUUGAGAUGACUGGUAUUUGUUUAUGGGGACAGGAAUAUUGUGUUUUAAAGAGAGAUUUGUCAUUAACCCCCCCAGUGCCAGUUGCAAUGCCGGUACGAUUUGCCGACACGCCAAAAGAGGAUCUCUCGCUUUGUACUAGCCUAGGAGCUUAUUGACUUACCGCCGUUGCAGGAGGAAGAACGGCAAUCAGAGACGGAAAUAUAAUAAUUAAGCGUAUUGAGAGUUUUCCCUUUUAAGAUGAGUAAUUGGAGCCCUCUGUGUUCAGGGGCUAAUUGUGGAGCUAUACCUGAAUAUUCUGACAACUUGUGCCCCCAGAACAGGCGACAAAACCCCCAUUUACAAGCGGCACAUGUCCGAGAUAUGGACAAGGUAUAAAGAAUGUAUUAAGCCCAAAAGAGCAACAAUUUCCAUUCAAAAUGCACUUUAUAGAAACAUAUAUUGUACAGGAGAAGCACUACUGCCCAAGUUCCCCUUUUCCGGUCUCCCCCAAUCACAGGCUGUCUCCCCCUGUAGCGUAAUGUUUGUGUUCCUAGUAUUGCAGGGACACGGCUGCUAAAUACUUCUCUAGAUAAUUUGUGCCUUUUCUCACCAAAAGAAAUAACCCCUUUAAAUUCCUCAAAGCAGCGGCGUUAACCAUUUCUGUUCCAAGGGGGUUAAUGACAAGCUCCCCGUAUUAGCCCUUUCACCUCCUGGUUUCCCAGGUCCAAGGCAUUAUCAAACAAUACUGGGUGCUGGGGGAGUUGUGUGUCCAUUAAAUGAUGGCUGAACUACACGUUUGCUUUGCUGCCCCAAAGGCUGACCUCCAACCAUUCAUUUGGGCAAAGCAAUGUCUACAUGUUCAUUCUUUAUAAUUGGCAUCAGGUAUUCGAUGACUGGAAAGAUGCACGAUGGUGGUGGGGGUAGUGGGGGUGAGGAUCUAUAGUUAUUGGGCUGGUCCACUAUUUCCUUUCGUAAGCACAAGACCGAGCCAUCUCUGUGUCCCACAGCUCUCCCAAUGAACAGUAUUAAAGGAGGGAAAGGGAUAAUAACACAAAUUGUAAAACAUGAAAAGGAUUUCUAUUUUAUGAUGUGUAUUUUUUAGUGAUGAGCGGAUUCGGUUUUACUCGGUUCUCAAAACGGCAUCUUAUUGGCUCACGGAUGUCACGUGUUUUGGAUAGCCAAUAAGAUGCCGUUUUGAGAACCGAGUAAAACCGAACCUCGCUCAUCACUAGUAUUUUUUGCUUUUCUGCUGUGAUUACAUUCCUGUAAUGUGUACUGUACAUGUGUAAGGAACAGAGCAGUAGGACUCCCGGAGGAUGUGGGGUAUCUAGGAUGAAGCCUCCCCGUAACUGCAGGUUUGGGUCCAGAUGGAGCAGAUGUGGCCUGUCCACACUAAAAACCAACAACGUAGUAUUUGUCAGUGCAGUAGCCUUAAUGGUUGGGUGGGGGAAAGACAAUAUAGGCUUCAGACCAGGCUGAGAUGAUGGUGAAUGGACGUCGCUAUAUGAAAAUCAUUACAGAGACACUAUUGGCUUUUAAUAAGAACACGGAAUUGUGGCAUGUAGCAAUCCCCUGAAUUUCUGCCACUGACCCCACAUUACAACACACUGGUGAAUGAGAAAGUAUUGUCCAUUUCCCAUAGCCUCCGUCAGUUUGGAUUAGAUGAAAAGUUUGUAAGUAAUAUUUAGAACAUCAGCAUUUGGACAGGUACCUUCCCAGUACAGUCUAUGGGCAUUCUAGUGUGUGUUCCUCCCUAUAACAGGAGGGUGGUGGAGAGGCACACACGCACUCAGAGGUCAUACAGGGUGCGUACCGACGCAAGGAUCCCGAACCCUGAAUAACCUGCCCGUCGACAUGCCGACCAACAGGGACUAUUCCCACUCAUGGGUAUCCACAACACUCAUAGGGGUCAAUUAAAUUCUGCAACUUAUGAAUAGCGCCGGGAAAUAGCUCCCGACGCUAUUCAAUUCAGCUGCUAGUUACACGCAAUUGUCGGGAAUUCUUCUCUCAUCCCCGGGGAUGAGAGAAGAAACCCGACAAAAGUGCUUCCUCGCGGCCGGCGCGAGGCUGAUUCUGUCGGGAAUCAGCCUCGCACCGGGGAGUUAAGUCGGAGAAUACCCGUUCUCCCGACAAUUCAACCUGUUUAGUCGGCGAGAACGGGACAUCGCCGACUUAACUGGAGCUGAAUUGAAUAGCGUCGGGAGCUAAUUCCCGGCGCUAUUCAUAAGUUGCCGAAUUGAAUUGACCCCAUAGAGUGGGAAUAGAACCUGUGGCAAACGCAGCGAGCCUGCAAGGGGCUUUCUUGCGCUCGCCCCCAUCUAACAGCCGGGAUCCCAGCCUUGGUAAUGUGACCGGCGGUCCGCAGUCACACGUACUCAACCCAUCAUACACCCUAUGUGGACCCCGUAGGAAUAUUGGGGGUCAUUCUGAGUUGAUCGUAGCUGUGCUAAAUUUAGCACAGCUACAAUAAUCUUCCCUGACAUGUGGGGUGGGGGUGGGGACGCCCAGCACAGGGCUAGUCCGCCCCCCCCCCCCCCC